AUGGAUGCGACACGUGAUGGGCUAAGUCCAGAAGACGGGCUAAAUUCUGAAGAACUGUUUGGCUUCGAGCCACCAGAAAUCAAGCCGCAGCAGGUCGGAGACUCACAGAGUUUUGAAGAGAGCUCCCUGCUUUACUCGGCCUUAAGUAGAACAAGCUGUGCAUCAUCCAACUUACAUGGUGCUCCAGAUCAAGGUCCGGGGUUUGCUGUUGAAGACACUAGUCUUUCCUUUCCUAGUGAAGCCACAGAAUCAUCCGGUGCAUUGCAGAGAAACACACAUCAUUCCGAUAUUGAAUCUCUUGAAUCCACGGACAAGCUUGGCAAUACGAAUAACGAACACGUUUCGAUGCAAUAUCUACGAGACCGUCAUACCAUAUUCUAUCCAAUGCCUCCAGCCUCUGUAUCGCCAUCCUCUUCGAACAACUUGCUACCAAGAUAUUUUUCUGGAGUACAGUCUUACAAGAGUCUCUAUAUGCCACCCGCUAUUCAAUACCUUCCAUCAUACAUUGCACCCAGUAUGAUGAUUUAUCUGGGACCAGCAGAGUCGGCUCAUAAUCCUUACCGUGCUCUCGCACCCCAAUACCAACCAAUCGAUGUGACACCGUCCCUUGCUUGGAGCUCUUCAACAGGAAAGCGGAAAAUCUCCUCAAUGCAAGACUGGGUUUCCGACCUGGAGUUUCACCCAUUGUCUGCGACAGUCCCUACCGAGCACCACCUAGUCAGCCACGCCAGCAAGGAAAUAUUGAACGAUCCCAAGACAAGCAUGUUGUUCUACUCUUCUUUAUACCUAGCCUUCUGAUAUAUUCCUAAGCUAUGUACCCGCGGAAAUCCCUCCUCCUUGCCUCCUCCCUUAGUGCACAAGUUGUACAUUUCAAUCUGUCACUACAUAACAUUCCCUGAUUGUUGGAAUUAUUGCAGUGGGAGGCUUGCAGUAGGUAU